AUGAACAAUGUCGUGUUCGGUAAGACGAUGGAGAACAUGCGCAAGCACGUGGACGUUCGAUUGAUAACUCGCUGGGACGGUAGAUAUGGGGCCGAGGCGAUGAUCGCGAAACCGAAUUUUCACAGCAGAAGCAUUUUCUCGGAAGACCUCAUGGCCGUGGGAUUGCGCAAACUCGAGGUCAAAAUAAUGAAACCCGUGUACAUUGGCAUGUGCGUAUUCGAGAUAUCAAAAACACGUCUCUACGAAUUUCAUUACGAUUAUAUGAAAUUGUUGCAUGGCGACAACUGCAGGAUCAUGUACACAGACACCGGUAGUCUUGUGUAUUAUCUCGAGUGCGAGAACGCUUACGAGCUGAUGAGGCGUGAUAUCGCGAGAUUCGAUACGAGCGACUAUCCUCCCGACAAUGCAUACGAUAUGCCGCGCGAGAACAAAAUAGUACCAGGAUUGAUGAAGGACGAGAACAACGACGUGAUUAUGAUCGAAUUCGUGGGCCUGAGAUCGAAGACGUACGCGUAUCGAGUGAAGGGUCGGGACGACACGAAGAGAAUUAAGGGCAUCAAUAAGAAUGUGGUCGCGCACGAGAUAACUUUCCUCGAUUACGUCGAGUGUCUGUUGGAAGCGAAAGAACAGACGAAGCGUCAGUCCGCCGUGCGUUCAGUGCUCCACAAUGUUUACACGAUAUCGGAGUUGAAGCUAGUGUUGAAUCCAUACGACGGAAUCAUCUGA